AUGAAUAAAGAAAAAAAUAAAUUGAAAAAACUUCUUCUUGAACAUGUGCCAAAUGAAAUAUUCUUUGAAAUAUUUGAAUAUAUGGAAUUUUAUGAAGUUUAUUAUGGAUUUUAUCACCUUAACAAACGUUUUAAAAAUUUAAUAAUGGAUUCAAAAUUUUUAAGUAAAAUAAAUAUUCCAUAUAUAUCAAAAUUAAAUUUUGAAUUUUUUUACCAAAACAUAAUUAUUAAAAACGAACAUCAUAUUAAAAUAUUAAUUUUAUCAAAUAUAUUUAUAAAUGAUAUUAUUUUAUCAUCAUUUGAUUUUAGUUUAAAAUUUAUUAAUUUGAAAAUUUUAAUUAUCACUCAUAUAAAUGAAAAUAUUUUUGAUAAAACUUUUGAUGAAUUAAAAUGUUUAUAUGGUUUAAAUUCAUUAACAAUCAAAUUUAAUGAAUCGAUUGAAAAUUUAAAUAAAAUAUUUUCUAAAAUAAUAUCAUUAUCAAAAUUAAAAUAUUUUAAAAUAAAAUAUCAAACAAUAAAUGAUCAAAAUCAAUCAAUUAAUUAUUUUAAUAAAUAUAAUUAUAGUAAAAUUGAAUAUUUAAUUAUUGAAGGUAAUCUUUCAAUUAAUUCAUUAAAUAAUUUAUUAUAUUAUUUUCCAAAACUUCAUCAUGUAUCAAUUAAUUAUCUUUUUUAUUCUCAUCAUGAUAUUCAAUUAUAUUCUUCUAUUCAAUUAAAAAAUUUAAAAUAUGUUUCAUUAAAAAUUUAUUUAAUUAAAUUUAAUCAAUUUGAAAAAAUUAUAAAAAAUUUAUUUUAUCAUGUUGAAAUCUUCAAAAUUUCAACACACUAUGAUGAAAAAUAUUUAGAUGCAAAAAAAUGGGAAUAUUUGAUUACGUCUUAUAUGCCAAAAUUACGUAUUUUUGAUAUAAAUCAUGAUGGAUUUAUAUCAGAAAAUGAACUAACAUAUCAUGAUGUAAUUAAUCAAUUUAAAUCAUCAUUUUGGAUGGAAAAAAAAUGGUUUUUUAAACAUGAACAUAAUUGGCUCGAACGUUUAAAUAGUGGUGUUUUUUAUUCAGCACAACCAUAUAGUCGUAUUGUUCCAUUAAGUCAACUUACCAAAUUAAUUAUUAAAAAGUUUAAUCUUGAUCUUAAUGAAAUGAUUGAUAUACUAUAUAGUACAAGUGAAUUACAAAUAUUUAAAUGUGAUUUUUUAUCCCUUGAUAAUUUUAAUUCAAUUGAAACUGGAAAACAUCAUGCUUUUGAACAUGUAUUAGAAAAAAAUAAAAUUAAAAUGUUGCAUCUUCGUUCCAAUUGUACAUCAGAAAAACUUCGAUUAGUUAUUGAUUUAUUCCAUGAAAUAAAACAUUUAACAAUAGGAAUACAAUGUACACAAAUGAUAGAAACAACUAAAUAUUUAUUAUCAUACAAACAUAAAUUACGUCAUUUAUUCUUUUUAUGUAUUUCAGAUAUUUCUGAGGUAUAUAUAAAAAAUUUAAUUAACAUGAUUGAAAAAGAAAAAUUACUUAGUGAUUACUUCAUUAAAUUUAUUAAUCGUAAGAUAUAUUUAUGGUGGUAA